GGCACCCGAUUCCAGCCUCGCCCCCCGACGUCACGUCCAAGGCCAAGGGGCGGGCUUGACUCUCUGCGGAAGCGAGAGGCUAGACCCAGGCCCAAGCGCAGCUCUCUGGGACCGCUGGGGACUAGCAGGAUGGGCAGCAGCUCGCUGUCAGAGGACUAUCGCCUGUGCCUGGAGCGCGAGCUGCGGCGGGGCCGCGCGGGCGUCUGCGGCGACCCCUCGCUGCGCGCGGUGCUCUGGCAGAUUCUGGUGGAGGACUUUGACCUGCACGGGGCGCUACAGGACGACGCGCUGGCGCUGUUCACUGACGGCCUGUGGGGCCGUGCUGACCUGGCGCCUGCCCUACACGAUCUAGCCCGCGCCUUCGAACUCCUGGAGCUGGCCGCUGUGCACCUGUACCUGCUGCCCUGGAGAAAGGAGUUCACCACCAUCAAGACCUUCUCAGGGGGCUAUGUGCAUGUGCUGAAGGGCGUACUCUCUGAGGAGCUCCUGACUCGAAGCUUCCAGAAGAUGGGCUACGUGCGCAGGGACAACCACCGCCUAAUGGUGACCACCCCACCCCCUGCCUGCCAACUGGUUCAGGUGGCCCUAGGCUGCUUUGCUCUUCGGCUGGAGUGUGAGAUCCUAAGCGAGGUGCUGACCCAGCUGGGCACAAGUGUGCUACCAGCUGAGGAGCUGCUCCGAGCACGACGGGCUAGUGGGGAUGUUGCCUCCUGUGUGGCCUGGCUGCAGCAGAGACUGGCCCAGGAUGAGGAGCCACCACCCCUGCCCCCCCGGGGCACAUCUGCUGCUUAUGGGGCCCCCGUGGACCUGUAUCAGGACCUGCAGGAGGAUGAGAGCUCAGAGGCCAGUCUGUAUGGUGAGCCCUCUCCAGGGCUGGACUCACCCCCUGUGGAACUGGCAUAUAGGCCACCACUCUGGGAGCAGAGUGCCAAACUCUGGGGCUCUGGGGGCCAGCCCUGGGAACCCCCAGCUGAUGACCUACAUCGGGCCAGCAGCCCACCAUAUGGGGCUCUGGAAGAGGAGCUGGAGCCAGAACCCUCUGCUUUCUCCUUCCUCUCUCUGCGCCGUGAGCUGAGUCGGUCAGGGGACUUAGCUACCCCUGAAGCCCCUGGAAGCUCUGGGCAGGCCAGCCCCCGUCACAGGCAGGCAGAAGGAACACCAGCCUCAGGCUAUGGGCCUGUUGUUGAGCCUCUGGGCUACCAGGCACACAGCUGCUUGAGCCCUGGUAACCUGCCCACCCUCUGCUGUGACACCUGCCACCAGUUACACGCUACCCACUGCACUGCCCUAUCAGCCUGCCGCCCAAGUCAUUCAUUGCGCAUACUUCUUGGUGACAACCAGAGACGCCUGUGGCUGCAACGAGCACAGGUGGAUACCCUAAUCUAUGACAGUCCUGGAGCCCAUCCCUAGGCCCAGCUGGACCCCCAAGACAAGAGUCUGGGGAGAUGGUUUCCAUGGUGCUUCUUUUGGGAAAGGGCCUAGGCCACUGGCUGCCCUGGCCCUCCUAUUCCCCGGGGGAGUCCAGUACCUACAGUUGGAAGAGGGUAGAGCCUUCAUGGAGUGCUCUUGCCUGGGGCCUCUGGCCCUCCUCACUGACAUGCCCAUGUCUCAGUCCUGUCUAGAGCAGGCCCUGUGAUGAAUUAACAAGAUCCUUCCCUCAUGUCCCUAUCUUUAUGCCCAGAUGUGUUGGGUAAAGAAGUCCAGGUUGUCCAUGUUACAGUACCCAAACUCACUCCAGGAAGGACCCCACUCUGUGAACUAUCUGAACCUCCCUACCCGCUCCCUGCAGUCUAUGGUUCAGGAUAUGUCCCUCUCUCCGUGUGCUGAGAAAUCUUCACCCAGGGGCUUGCUCAACGGCCUGCAGACACCUGGGUUAAAUUUGGACCAAGUGAGAGGGUCUGACAGGGCCCAGCUCACUUAACUGUGGAGCACCUUGCUAACCCCCGCUGUUUGUAAGGAACCCUGCCAAAAACAGGCAGUGAGAGGAGCUGUCAUCCCCCAAAUCCAGAAGAAAUGGUUCUCAACAACCAGCUGCCUACCAGCCAAAGAGGGGGUGAGCAUAUACAGGCCACCCCUUGGGCUACUGCCAAAAAGCAGCUCACUGCCCCAUGUAACUCCUUGAAGGCACACAGAUAACCAGGAAGAUCGAAGUUACACCCUCUUUUCCCUUGGGGUAGCCCAAGGCCCCUCACUGGGGUCCCUAAACCAGUAAUCCACAGGCUAGUGAUAAUGAAGGCCUGGGUUCUCAUCAACCACAUGGAGGCCCAGGUACAGCCAUUGCUGACCUGCAACACUUCCUCUCCAGGCACCCCCUCGGCCAUGCCUGUUCCUAUCCUCACUCCCAGCCCUUCAGAAGACACUGUCCAUGUUGCAUGGAUCAAAACCCCAGAGAACAUUAAAGGAUUGUGAAACUGUC